AUGAUUGAUUCCAUUUUUGCACUUGUGCUCGUGUCUUUCGCUUCUCCUGCUUUGUCAGUUGGUAUCUACGAUCAAUGUGGUGGCGAGGGCUAUACAGGUCCGACCAACUGUGACUGGUCUCUUGGAUGCUUUCGCCGAUCUCGCUGGUUCUCAUCUUGUCAAACAAGCUGUCCUGGAAUUGACUGGGAAUGUUCCGGUGCGGAAAGCAACCCUGGUGGUGCGGGCUUUGCACGAGGAUGGGAACAGUGUGGUGGAGAAGGAUGGAAUGGACCGCGAAUCUGCUCGGAAUAUUCAUGUCAAUGGCGCUCUCAAUGGUACGCUCAAUGCCGACCUGAUUGUCCUACAGAAUGGCUGUGCCAAGGUGGUGGAAGCUCGUCGACACAACAAUCGAUUCAACCGCCUAUGAGUUCCACUUCUUAUCCGUCUACAACUGCAACAACUGUAUCAAGUAAUGGUUCAUGCAAAUGUUGUUUCGUAUUAACAAGUCCCAGUUGUCAGAUGCGUUCAAUCCAAUCAUGCUCAGAAUGCACCGCUGACUGGUGUGCAAAGAAUAUGGGAUUUUGUGCUGGAAGUAUACCACCUUGCUAUGCAAGAUGCAAUGCUUGA